GAACAAGAGGCUUUGAUAUUUCGCUGUUUUUUUCCUGUGAAAUGGAGUAUUUGGUGUCCAUGGAAAAGCCUCUUGUUCUUUUGGGCUGUGCAUACUUGUCAUGGAAGAUUGUGAGACACAUAUGGGGUUUCUUGAAUGUAGAAAAGGAACCUGUUACGGUGCUUGUUACUGGCGCUGCAGGCCAAAUUGGCUAUGCUCUUGUUCCCAUGAUUGCUAGAGGGGCCAUGCUAGGUCCUGAUCAACCUGUAAUCAUACACAUGCUUGAUAUUGAACCAGCUGCUGAGGCGUUGAAGGGGGUGAAGAUGGAAUUGAUCGAUGCUGCUUUUCCACUUCUCAAAGGUGUCGUAGCCACAACAGAUGUUAUUGAAGCUUGUAAAGGUGUAGACAUUGCCGUCAUGGUUGGUGGAUUCCCACGGAAGGAAGGAAUGGAAAGGAAGGAGGUAAUGUCCAAAAAUGUAUCCAUCUACAAGGCUCAAGCCUCAGCGUUAGAGAAACACGCUGCCCCAGAUUGCAAGGUGUUGGUGGUUGCUAAUCCUGCUAAUACCAAUGCACUCAUUUUGAAAGAAUUUGCUCCUUCAUUCCCAGAGAAAAACAUCACCUGCCUUACAAGACUUGAUCACAACAGGGCUCUAGGUCAGAUUUCAGAAAGGCUGAAUAUUAACGCUGGUGAUGUGAAGAAUGUGAUUAUAUGGGGGAAUCACUCAUCCACUCAAUAUCCAGAUGUUAAUCAUGCGACUGUAGACACCGGAAAUGGACUGAAACCUGUUAGAGAACUUGUUGGAGAUGAUUGUUGGUUAAAUGCCAAGUUCAUCACAACCGUCCAGCAGCGGGGUGCAGACAUCAUAAAAGCCCGAAAACUAUCCAGUGCACUAUCUGCUGCAAGCGCCGCUUGCGAUCAUGUGCAUGAUUGGGUUCUUGGAACUCCAAAGGGCACUUGGGUGUCAAUGGGAGUGUAUUCUGAUGGCUCUUAUGGUGUCCCGCCUGGCAUAAUUUAUUCUUUCCCAGUUACUUGCGAGAAAGGAGAAUGGUCGAUUGUGCAAGGGCUCAAGAUAGAUGAAUUUUCGAGGGCGAAGAUGGAUGCCACAGCAAAGGAAUUGGUCGAGGAAAAAUCAUUGGCCUAUUCAUGCCUCAAAUGAGAGUGCACUCAAUCUUUCCCAGUGUGUCUACUGUCUCCUUUUGUUGGCUUUUACUUAAAAGUAAAAAAAGAAUCAUACUAUAAUAAAUCUAUUUAUUCAUGUGACCUUUUAACAGAAUGUUGUUAACUAAAUGAGAGUUGCCUCGAGGAAAUUAUUUUCCAAUAUGCUGUAUUCAAGAAAUUAUUUUUACUCAUUUACAGUAAAUUGUUAAUCAAUUUGCAA